AUGGGGGCACCAGAUUCGCAUUUCAUCACUCUCCUUACACUCCCAUUUAGAGAGAACGUAUCCGAACCCCGCAAUGCUGUAGCAGAAUGGAUGAACAAACUCCGCACAUCAUUGGCGCAGGGUGAUGCAUCCGACUUAGAAAAGCUCUUCCAUAAAGAUGCGUGGCUUCGAGAUAUGGUGGUUCUAUCUUGGGACCUUCGGACUAUUCAUGGUGCAGACAGGAUAGUCGCUUACUUCCAGGAUAACUUGGAGAGAGGAAGGUUUAGACAGUUUCAUGCCAGGGACUCUAGUCAGUUCCAACCGGCGUUUAAGACUGCUGCUCCAGGAUUACAAUGGAUUGAGACCAUGUUUGAGUUUGAAACGGAGAUCGCGAAGGGAUCUGGGGUUCUUCGACUUGUCCUGGAUACCGAUGAUGUUUGGAAAGCCUACCUGCUCAGCUUCACUUUGAUGGCUUUGAAAGGGCAUGAAGAGAAGUCUGGCUUCAGUCGUCCCGAGGGAGGAAGCAAUUCUCUGCUUGAAAACUCACAUAGAGAGAAUUGGGCAGAGAGACGAAUCAGAGAGAAGAGCUUCAAGGAAUAUGAGCCUACAGUCCUCGUUAUAGGAGCGGGGCAAUCGGGCCUCAUGGUCGGUGCUAGACUGGGUCAACUGGGAAUCCCGACCUUGAUAAUCGAGCGCAAUGCUAGAAUUGGCGAUAACUGGCGCAAGCGAUACAGGACUCUGGUAACUCAUGACCCGGUCCAGUAUUGCCAUAUGCCCUAUCUGCCAUUCCCGUCCACUUGGCCCACGUUUACCCCCAAGGACAAGUUGGCUGAUUGGCUUGAAGCGUAUGCCAGCUUAAUGGAGCUCAAUGUGUGGACCAGCACGGACGCCGCGAGCAGCAGCUUUGACGAAAGUUCAAAAAUAUGGACUGUAACAGUCCGUUCGGAAGACGGUUCUAUUCGCACCCUUCACCCACGCCACAUCAUCCUAGCCACAGGCCAUUCUGGAGAACCUCAGAUCCCCAGCAUCCCUGGCCAGGAAAUCUUCAAGGGUGCAGUGUAUCAUUCUACACAGCACAAAGACGCUUCCGGGUACGAAGAUAUCAAAAACAAAAAUGUCAUCGUUGUUGGCACUGGUAAUAGCGCCCAUGACAUUGCGCAAAACUUCUACGAGGCCGGCGCAGACGUAACUAUGCUCCAGCGGGGUGGGACCUUUGUGAUCUCCCAGAAGAAAGGGACGGCUGCAUUAUUGGCAGGCAUGUACGACGAGUCCGGUCCGCCCAGCGACGAUGCGGAUACCUACGUGCAGAGCAUGCCUAUCCCCGUGCAAUUUGUCUUCUCCUCCUUGACAACAAAGAUGAUCCGUCAGAGCCUCGAUAAAGAUAUGCUUGAUGACUUAUCGCGAGUGAGGUUUAAGCUCGAUGCUUGCAGUGAUGGGGCGGGCAUUUUCAGAAAGUAUCUCACUCGUGGAGGUGGGUAUUAUAUUGAUAUCGGAUGUAGCCAACUGAUUAUCGAUGGGAAGGUGAAAGUUCAGCAGAGUGAGGGGGGUAUUGAGCGGUUUGAACCCCAUGGUUUGGUGCUCGCGGACGGGAAUGGGACGAAGCUUGCUGCUGACAUUGUGGUGCUGGCGACGGGGUAUGACAAUAUGAAGAGUACCGCAAGGAAGAUUAUGGGUGAUAAGGUUGCUGAGAAGCUUUUGCCGGCAUGGAAUUUGGAUGAGGAGGGGGAGCUUAACGCCAUAUGGCGAUACAGCGGCCACCCUAACUUCUGGUACAUGGGUGGCAAUUUGGCUCUGGGUCGUUUGUACUCACGCCUGCUGGCACUGCAGAUUAAGGGAAUGGAGGAAGGGCUAUAUGUUCCUCCUCGCGGGAAGGAGUAA